AUGAUCGAGCAGUUCGUUAAUUUCGUCAUCCGCCCGCCACGUGCAGAGUACAACCCAGAUCAGUAUUUAUGGGAGCCAGAGUUUACUCUGGCAGGAAGAAAGUACAAACGAAUAGAUUUGGAGCAGCUUUCCAAUGAAAGAAACCAGACCUUAAAAUGCAGCCACUAUGUUCCUGCCGUCAUCCCAGAAAACACUGCCCUUCCAUGUGUGAUCUACUGCCAUGGGAAUAGUGGGUGCAGAGCAGAUGCAAACGAAGCUGCUGUCAUACUUUUGCCUUCAAACAUUACACUUUUUGCACUUGAUUUCGCUGGAUCAGGGCUAUCAGGGGGAGAGUAUGUCAGCCUUGGUUGGCACGAGAAACAGGAUCUCAAGUCCGUGGUGUCCUUUUUGCGGAAGAAUAAGGAAGUCUCUUGCAUAGGUCUUUGGGGGCGUUCGAUGGGUGCUGUUACAAGCCUGCUGUAUGGAGCAGAAGACCCCUCAAUUGCUGGCAUGGUUUUGGACAGUGCUUUCUCUAACUUGUAUGAGCUAAUGCUAGAGCUUGUUGAUGUUUACAAAAUCAGAGUUCCUAAGUUCACGGUUAAGAUGGCUGUACACUACAUGCGCCGUGUCAUUCAAAGAAGAGCUAAAUUCGACAUAAUGGAUCUUAAUGUUGUUCAGUUUGCCCCCAAGACGUUUAUUCCGGCAUUAUUUGGACAUGCAUCGAGUGACGUGUUUAUUCAGUCCCAUCACACUGAUCGUAUUCAUCAGGCGUAUGCGGGUGAUAAAAAUUUAAUCAAAUUUGAUGGCGAUCACAACUCCGCUAGGCCCCAGUUUUAUUAUGAUUCUGUUUCAAUAUUCUUCUAUAAUGUUCUGAAUCCACCUCAAUUUCCGUCUGCAUGCUCAAAUAAGCUAGAGAAGUACUAUAACCGUGGGGCUGGAACUAAUGAGAGCUUACUGUAUGAGAUCAUAAAUGGUCUAAGGGCUGCUGGUACUGAUGCAGGAAGUUCAUCCGCAGCUGCAGCUAGUUUCACUAAUGCCACAAAAUCAGUAGUUGAAUUGCUGACGGAGAGGGUAAAUCAACUGUCCGUUAAAAAUGAUAGUGACUUGGAUUUCCUUUUGGACGAAAAUCAUAACCUCACUGAAAUGGAAGAGAACACUGCAGAGUCUCAUACACAGGAUAAGGCGAGCAGGCAAAAUGAGGAGUGCUGCUCAUACACAAGUUCAAACCGAGAGAGCUGGGGAAGAUGUUCUUCCUUAGGGGCAGCGAGUGAUGCAUCAUCCUCCGGCGAGCGUCCUAGGGUUUCUGAUCAUAAGCAUAAGAGCAUGACACUAAGAGCUCUGGCGACGCCGUUGAGACGGAUACGAAGGAAACCACUCACCAUACCAAAGGAGAGGAAGAACAGGUCUCUAUGGAAGAGGCUAAACCAGGAGAGGCAUGAUAUGGGGGAGAGCUUAACCCAGCGUUUCAGGCUGUGCCUCCAGGGCCAGGCUCAGCACAAGAGAACAAAGUCGUCUUGA